CUAGUAGGCAGCGGUUUCCAACAUUCCACGGUACUGUGCAGGUUUCCGUCAUGAGCCAUAUACCAUUGUUCCUUUUCAUGUUCUCGUGGAUUGCCGUCACGUCCACUACAGUCGACCUGGACACCACUGACCAGUACAGAUGCACGUUUGACGCCGGCGUCUGUGGCUGCGGGAUAGAAGGCCCUGUACACAACGGACCGGGGUAUUGUGAUCAUGGAUGGCCAGAUGAUGGAGUAGGUGGCGUGACAGCUGUCGGUGCGUACAUGUGUUUCUUCCUGGAGCAUCUGCCCGGUAUGUAUCCAGGUUUGAACAGAGCCAGACUGACCAGCCCAACCAUCAACACAACUCGCUCUGUAAUGAUAAGUUUUGCUGUCGGCACUGUCAGGCCGCCAACAGGGACAUACCUCAACGUACUUUUGGUGAUGAUGAACGGAACGGAAUCUCUGCUUUGGUCGACCUCUGACCUCCUGUCUCCAUGGCAACGCGUACAAGUGGGAGUGGUGAAGCCUGGACCUUACAAAAUUGUGAUCGAAGGGAUUCCAAAUCCACCAUUCCUCCCAAAUUUUGGUAUUGACAACUUCACGAUCACUGCGACUGAUUUUGAUACGAGCACUGUUCUUACGACGAGUGGUAAGAGUGAAACUACACGCAUGACGAAAGUUCCAACAACGAAGACAACAGGUACCCCUCCUUCAACUACUCAUCAGGAGGGCACAACAAGCGUCAUCCCUGUUUAUUCUACACCAAAAGCGACGAGCUACUUUCCCCCAUCGACGCUCAAAGACGAGACCACCAAACGUGUAACCCCAUCCAAGACUAUUUCGACGACGUCCAACUUAGAAAAGGAACCAACAAAAUCCGCUCAGCGUGGAGAAGGCGGUGUGACUAGCUCCCAAACCGUUCCCAUCGCCGUCGGCACAACGGGUGGGUUUCUGGUCGUUGCAAUCGGGGCGUUCACUAUCUGGAAGAAGUACGCCAGAAAACCAGUAGUUUCUCCUGAGACGUAUACCCAGGAUAAUCCGUUAAAUAUCUAAAUCUCCGACUUUUAGACCAAAUUGGCCUCGAUGUAGUAUAAUCCAUAUGUUCCAGAAUGAAUGAGUACAUGAAUGUGCUUUUUACAUGUGACAGCUAAAGGAGUUUAAUGUCAUAAAACAAUAAACCAA